AUGGCAAUGCAGCUCGCGCUCGCCCCAUGGAAGAGCACCAGGCCUGGAAAGGUUGCCUGGACUCGCGCGGAUGUUCAGACGCUGGCCAUCCAAGUGAAGCAGGGCCUGCCCCUCGAGGUGACACAGCUCUUGACCAGCGAUGGGUUUGCUGGUGGGGCUUUGGUGCAGGUGGACACUUUGAGCUCGGCCAGAGCCGAAGACCUGGUUUUGAACUAUCAUUGGGUGAGACCUUUCGUACAGCACUUCCGAGAUCGAGUUCCUUCUGGUUUUUUUGUGGCCGAUGUUUUCCUUUUCCUGGACACCCUCUACCAGGGGAAAGCUUUGAGGCCCACCUCUAAACAAGAGACGAAGGAGUCCAUGGCCGCUGAGGAAGGCAAGCGAACUAAGAUCUUGAUUGGUUGCUUGCGAGCGCUGUGGCGGAGCAGCGCUCAGGCCUGUCGCGCUUCUGCCGAGCAACCUCCAGAUCAUGAUGGCCAAUCCUUGGAUCUCGAUGGGCCAGCGGAGAACGAUGUUGGGCCCUCACGAUCGGAUUCGGAGUCAGGGGAUGAGGAGUGUCCGCCGCCCUUGGAAGGUCCACCAUCCAAAGCAGAGGGUGACGAUGAGAGUUGUUCUGGUUCCACCACAUUGGAGCUACCAGGAAAUGAUACUAGCUCUGAAUAUGAGGGCCCAUCAUUCAUGGCUUGUGGGGAAAAGGACGACUUCAAUGAAACGCCUCACGAGAGCAGCGCCGAGGAGGCUAGUGGCCAGAGCCCUAGCGCCCAAUCUCCAGUUGAGAAGACCCCCGAAAAGACCAACCCUUGGUGCGAAGAGCUGUUCAACACACCCAUGACCGGUAACAGUGGCCCAAAUCGGGCAGAGAUCGUUGAGAUGUGCAUUGCCCUUAUGGAGUUCUUCAGUAAGGAACACCCCGAUAUCAUGAAGAAUUUCAACCUGGUGCCCUACUUGGACCAUUGUGAAUGGAGUUUUGCUCGCUUUGGGGUCCGAGCUAGCUCUUGGCUUUCCACGCGCGAGUAUUGGGAUUCAUGGUUGGCCCGAUACGAGGAACUUGGCAACAAGGUGUUGACUCCAGAGCAAAGCCGCUAUCUGGCUGGGGAGUGUCCGCACGUACAGGAGUUCGAAGAGAAUUGUCGAAAGCGGAGGGUCGAGGUGGAAGAUGAUGCCUCACCCUUGCAGAAGAUUAUGCGGAAAAACGCCUUCGUCAAGGAGGGUGGAACCUAUUUGGGUCAGGCGAAGGGCCUGAAGCGGGCGCUCGCGCUUGGUGACGAGCAGGAUGGUGGCGCGCCCAAGAAGCCCAAGAAGCCCAAGCAGCUACAUGCUGACACGUUUAAAGGGUAUAGUCUUGCUGAAAUCCCUGAAGCAGCGUGGCCCCAGGAGGGCCCCAACAAAGGAGCCCAUGGUUACACCGUCAAGGCUUCCAAUGGCUCUGCAGUGGAAGUGCUCCUUCGCAACAAGGCUUACGUCCUCAAACGUGUGGGGGCUGCCGAUGGAAACGAAGCUGAGUCCACGGGAGCUUCUCUGAAGGGCCGCCAGUACACAUGGUCCAAACAUGGUGGGCCAGAGAAUGCUUGGGCCUGCGUUUGCGAGGCUGCCAAGUGGCCUGCAUCAUGA